CCUCAUUCUCAUUCUCAUUCUUCCAUCAUCCCAUCCUUUCACUCUCUCGCCUUUUCUCUCUCUUUCUUCCAUUUCCUGUUGCGUUUAUCGAUCGGUAGUCGUACAUUUCCGGCGACAGACGACAAGGAAUAAAUACACAACACCACCGUAAAACCCGAUCUCCGCUAGCUUCUCCAUCUGGCCGGUCAAACAGAGACAGCGCCUCCCCGAGCGGUGCUCCAGGAAGCGAUCACAUCAUUUCCUCUCAGCUUUUUCCUCAUCUCCUCCCUCGUUAAAAGAAAGAUCAAUUCUUUGUGGAGCUGCCCCGCCCGCCCAUCAUGUUUCGAAGGAAGCAACAGAAUGUUCAGGAGAUUGACCCUGCACAGAGAGAUGCUAAGGUGAAUGAGCUACGGACUGCUUUAGGGCCUCUGUCAGGCAGGAAAGCAAAGUACUGCACAGAUGGAUGCCUGCGGAGGUACUUGGAAGCUAGGAACUGGAACGUCGACAAGGCUGCGAAAAUGCUGGAGGAAACUCUCAAGUGGAGAGCCACAUAUAAACCUGAACAAACCCGCUGGCACGAAAUAGCGCACGAAGGGGAGACGGGUAAGGUGUUUCGAGCCAAUUUCCGAGAUCGUGCUGGGAGGACAGUGCUGAUAAUGAGGCCUGGGAUGCAGAACACCAACUGUGCAGAGGACAACAUCCGGCAUUUGGUAUAUCUCAUCGAGAACAGCAUUCUCAACUUUCCUGAAGGCCAAGAGCAGAUGUCGUGGUUGAUUGACUACACAGGGUUUUCCUUGAACACCAGUGUCUCUAUUCGAACGGCUCGUGAGAUCAUCAACAUUUUGCAGAAUCACUACCCGGAGAGGCUCGCCCUUGCGUUUCUGUACAGCCCGCCAAGGAUUUUCGAAGCGUUCUGGAAGGCUGUGAAAUACUUCUUGGAUCCAAAAACUUCACAGAAGGUGAAGUUUGUGUACCCGAACAAGAAAGAGAGCGUGGAGCUCAUGAGCUCCCUCUUCGACGCUGACAACCUUCCUAAAGAGUUUGGCGGGAAGGCCACGUUGCAGUAUGAUCACGACGAGUUCUCUCGGUUGAUGGCUCAAGACGAUGUAAGAACUGCAAAGUUCUGGGGAUCGGAUGAGAAGCCGGUCCCCAUUUCCAGCAGUCUUGCUGUCAACCAGGUCGCCCCAGAGCCAUUGCCUCUGGCCCCAGCUGCCAGCUAGAAGCUAUAGCUUUGUCUAUCAUAGAAUAUCAAGCAAGUCUUACCUAUGAGAAAUCCAAAAUGGCGGAACAAAAAAGCAACUGAAAGGGAACUUCCUCAUCUAAUUUAUUAUUAGUGAGUGAGUUUAUGAAUUACCGGUCUAAAUUGAUGUACUUGUUUAACAGUUAUUGUUAUAUGCAGAUAGAACACAGUUUGUCUCUAAAAAACAUAUUCCUCGACUCUAUGCUCUUGUGCUGCUUGAUGUAUUUCCAUCUUGCCUAUUGGGAUUGUAAGAAUGAAACAAUUGAAAAGAAAUGAAACCUCAAUCAUUCUCUCUUUGACA